AUGGACGGGUUCUGUCCAGAUGAGAUGAAGACUGACCCGACUGUCUUACAAGACGAAGUGCAUGGAGAUUUUCCGACUUCUCAGGACAAUGUGGAUGCCUUGAUGAGAGAAGGCGAUGCUAUUUUGAAUCUCGACCGUGAUAUGAUUGAACCUGUGAUAGAUACCAGCAAUGUGCCUGCAUCAACUAGCGAAGUCCCUGCAUCAAUUAACGAAAUCCCUGCGUCAACUAACGAAGUCCCUGCUUCAACUAGCACUGCAUCUCAUGAUUAUGCUGCCGUUGUAGAAGAAAACGCUGCUUAUGAGAGAACUAACUUCACCCUCUCUACUGAGUUAGGAAAUGUGAAAGAACAAGUCGUACAUCUCUCUAACCAGAACAUUCAACUACAGCAGCAAAUAGCAAGCUCUGAAAAUGAGUUACAAGAACGAUCUCGCUUGUUCCGACAGAUGGAGUCAUCCCGGAACGAAUUAUCUUACAAAUGUACAGGUCUAGAAGCGGAAAGUAUGAAAUUGAAAAGUGAAAAAGAAGAACGAGAUUCCGUAAUCAAGAUAUUAACUCGAGAAAAGCAUGAUGUUCUAUUGGAGAACCAGAAACUUAGCCAGGAAUUGAAAGAUAUUGCCAAUGAGAAAGCUAAUCUUGCUAUUCAUAUCAAGAGCCUGGAUCAGGAAAAGAGAGCGAUUGCCUUUGAAAAAGAGCAAGCCACUAGGAAUAAAGCUUUGUACGAAGAAUCCAAGAAGUGGUUCCUGAAGGAAAUGGUUGAAAAAGACAAUACCAUUGCAAAAAUAAGACUGGAGAUUAGCUCAUCUGCGUUGAAAUGGCAGAACGAGAAAAUGGAGUACGCCAAGCAAGUCAAGGAACUCAAAGUUCAACUGAAUAAAGUUCAAGAUAUCUUACAAAUCAAGGAAGAAUCUCUCACAAAAAGUAUCGCAUCUAUCGAAGAAAGAGAAGCAGAGCACAGAAAGGAAAUUCAAAAUCUUGAGAGAGAGCUACGAGCAAGUAAAGAACUGACGGAGCUUUAUAAAGAUUCUAUGGAUAAGGCUGAACAAUGUGCUGCCGAGUUUAGGGAAGCCUUGAUGACGAAAGAGUCUCUUGCACGUUCCACAAAGGUUCUCAUUGAGGAACUUCGAUCGGAGAUGGAAGAGGAGAAGAACACCUACUUCAACGACCUUUCGUCCAAAACCGAGAAAAUUAGAGAACUAGAAGAAGAGCUAGAGAAAGCAAAUCAGAUGCUCAAGAAUAGACAUGCUGUUUCGUUGAACUUAACUGAAGAUGAGUUGGCGAAUCUAUCUCCGGCUGCUGCAGAGACGUCUAGGUUUGUCAAAGGAGGAAUGACACUCACUUCAAUGAUGAGAGAACAAGCUCGGUUAGCAGGAGAACUUGCUGCCGAACGAGAGAGAAACCAGCAGCUAGACCAGGCCAUGAGAGAAAUUGUGGAAGAUAUUGAGACGAGUGCCCCUCAACUUCUGAACCAGAAACAGCAGAUUGACAAGAUGUUCGACGAAAACACGUUGUUGAGAGAUCAGUUAGAAACUGCAGAUAUCAACCGUUACAAGUUGGAGAGCAGUAAGGAUGCUGCGGUUCGCGAACUCGCGUUUACCAGAGCUGAACUGGAGAAGUUCCAACGAGAUCUGAUGGACUUGUCGCGAAAGCAUCAACAUCUCUUGUUUGUUAUGGAAAAAGAGCGAAUGUUGCGAGAUACCAACAGCCCUCCACCUUCAGAAGAUGACGAUCGGCAGCUUUAUGAGAAUAUAGUUCAACUUCAAAAGCGUAAUAUGCAAUUGGAAUCAGAGUUGGCUAGCGAGAAGGCUUCAGCUGGACAAGCCCAAAUAACAGCUCAAAACACUGAAAUGGAAAAGUUGAGAAGAGAGUUGGAAACCUAUGUCUCCACUAACACAAGAUUAUCUAGUCAACUUGAGCAGAUGCAGACUGCUUUCGAUACGCUUCAAGAACAAUCUCAAAGAUUAUCGGCUCUGGUUGAAGACAAUGUCAGUGCGGCGGAAGCCCGUGCCGCAAGACAGAAGGCCGAGGACCUCUCUGCUGAGUUGCGAGCUGCUGAAAUGAAGGUUUCCCGUUUGGAGGAGACUGUAAGCUAUUUGAGAGAAGAAAAAGCUUCCAGUAAUAAAACGAGCGAAGAGAAGAUAGGUGCCUAUCAAGCAACUAUCAACGAGCUAACCCUUACUAGAGCGAAAUUAGAAGCUGAAUUUGAGCAGCAGAAGCAAAUAUCAUUGGCUUCCAUGAAAGAAAUCGAGCUCUUAGAUAAGGAAGUGAAGCGUGUGCAGAAGGAAUAUGAGCAAUUAUCAGUCACUGAGCAAGACACAAACAACAAACUGACUGAAAUGACCGAAAAGCAUAUAGAAUUACAUGACAACUUAGGAGAAUACAAAAUUAAGUGUACCGUUCUGCAGUCGGAACUUUCACAAAACACUAUCACCAUUGGUCGACUCGAAGCCCAGCUUGAGAUGUUCAAGACUAAAGAGUUCACAGACAAGGGAAUGAUGGAGUCGAUCUCAGAAAUCUCUCGCAGACUCAACUCUAUUGAAGCUGAGAAGUUAGUUAGAAAAGAACAACGGAUGGAGUUAAUCGAGAUGGAGAAUAAUUCUUUGAAAUCCGCAGCUUCACGAGCUUCUGCUCAACUUGCCACGAUGGAGAAUGAAGCUAAAGUGCAACAGUUCAAACUGGAACAGCAUAUUUCUCUACUUGGCCAACAGUUGAACGAAAAAGAAGAGCAACUCCGGUUCAAUGAAAUUCAAUUGGCAGAACUAAGAGUGAGACUGGCUAGCGUACAAUCUCAGUAUUCGAACGAAGAUAGCACCGAAGACAUGAGUCCAGAGCGAUUGAAAAAAGAAUGUCAACAACUUAAGAAUCGUACUCAGUACCUCGAAAGUCAAUGUGAAGAACUGAAAAAUAAGCUGGCUCUUGCAGAGGUUGAAGUAUCAAGGAAAGAGGAUGAGAUGAUUAAAUUGACUACACAUAGCGGAAAGAUGGAGACUGGAUUAGUCGAGGCUCAGAAAGUGGGUGAACUUGAGAGAGUUAGAUUGGAAAGCAGAGUCCAAGCUGCUGAAGGCCGUGCUGAUUCUUUGAGUGAAACUGUCGGUGAGCUUAGGAAGCAAGUCGACGAGAAGUCUGCUGAGCUUUUGAAUGUUAAUAUCGAGCGUUUAAAGGAGGUUAAUGAGCUUCAGCAGAAGCUUGAUGUACAGAAACAGCUUCUCACUUCAAAUGAAGAAGAAAUCAAGAUUUGGAAGAACUCUGUUGAAAACAUUAAAGAGGAAAUGGAGAAAAAAGAUCUUCGAUACAGCAAAAUCAAUGAUGAAAUUGAAAGUGCACAAAACGAUUUGUUGGCUGCUCAAGCGAAGGUAUCUUCAUUGGAAAACCUACUGAGAGCUGAGCAGGAAGCUUGCGCACAAGCUAAAGAAACAGCUAAGAUUGCUGAAGAUGCUCGGGAAAGUAUUCAGGUUAGCUUGGAGCAUAUGACCAAGAAAAUAGAAGAAGAUGACAAGACAUGGAGAGAAAUGCUCGAGAGAAGCAACAGCCAGGUUGCAGAUUUAGUUGGCAAAUAUGAGGCUGUUGUCAGCAAGUUGACUACCGAUGAUUUGACUAAGAUCGAUCCUGAAGCUCCUCAAGCUGUCAUGACUUCUCAGCAAGGUGUCAUUACGUUCCUACGUGAUGAGAAGGAUGCUGCUUUCAACAGGGCUAUGAAUUCAGAGAUAGAGGUUCUUCGAUUAAGAUCAGAAAUAAAGGAACUUUCUGUUCGCUGUGACCAGCUGGUGGCUACAAAUCAGAAAUUGUCUAUUGAAAACGUUUCUGGAAAUGCAGCUCUUGCAGAAAAAGCCGACAUGCUCAAAAGAAUCGAGGAGCUCUUAGGUUUCCAACAGCAAUACAUGCGAUUGAGAGGAGAGAAAGAUCGAUUGCUCCAAGUUUGUACCGAAAAUCAGAAAAAAAUCAAAGAGACAGACUCUGAAAUGGAGAAGUUAAGAGAACAGCGCAACUACGCCAAUAACAUCUGCAAGAUGAAAGAGGCUGAAGUCACAUCCUUAACCAAAGAAACCGAAAUUUUGAAAACUCGUAUUGAGAGUCUGCAGAAAGAGAAAACUACAGAACUGAGGUUGGUGAAAGCAAUCAUCUAA